AGCGGGCAGGCUGGCACCCCGGGAAUCCUUCUUUUGGGGCCGCGUGUAAAAAAGCGAGCGAACCGGCGGGCGACGCGCGAGGAGGGAGGGAGCAGCGAGCUGCGGCGAGGAGAGGCGUGGAGAGAAGAGGCGAGCGCGGAGCCGAGCGGAGGACACCGGGGAGGAGGGACCGGGCUCGGCUCCUGGAGACAGAGCGGCUUGAGAGGCGGCGAGAGGCGCCCGAGGGGCCCCCCGGCGCACGGAGCAUGAGCCGGCGCCCCGCGGGAGAGCGGCCGGGGGCCACGGCCUCGGCGCAGCCCUGAGACACUGGGCUGGGGCUGGGACUCGGGGCGCCCGGGGCGCGGGGCCCGGCCGGGGGGCGGGGGCCGGCGGGGGAGCAGCCCGGGCUGGCGGCGGCCGCCGCGGCGCAGCGCCAUGGGGAGCCCCCGGGCCGCGCUGCUCCCGCUGCUCGUGCGCCCGGUCAGGCUGCUGCGGAGGCGCUUCCGGCUGCUGCUGGCGCUCGCCCUGGUGUCCGUGGGGCUCUGGACUCUUUAUCUGGAACUGGUAGCGUCGGCCCAGAUCGGCGGGAACCCCCUGAACCGGAGGUAUGGCAGCUGGAGAGAACUGGCCAAGGCUCUGGCCAGCAGGAACAUUCCGGCUGUGGAUCCAAAUCUCCAGUUCUACAGACCCCAGGGGCUGGGCCUCAGGGACCAAGAAACUGACCGAGAUCGGAGCAGUAACAGCAGCUACUUGCAGUGGAACAAGCCUGUCCCCUGGCUCUCAGAGUUCCGGGGCCGCGCCAACCUGCAUGUGUUUGAAGACUGGUGUGGCAGUUCCAUCCAGCAGCUCAGGAGGAACCUCCACUUCCCACUGUACCCCCACAUCCGCACAACCCUGAGGAAGCUGGCCGUGUCCCCCAGAUGGACCAACUAUGGCCUCCGCAUUUUUGGCUACCUGCACCCCUUCACCGAUGGGAAGAUCCAGUUUGCUAUUGCUGCAGAUGACAACGCUGAGUUCUGGCUGAGCUGUGAUGAGCAGGUCUCAGGGCUUCAGCUGCUGGCCAGUGUGGGCAAGACUGGAAAGGAAUGGACUGCCCCUGGAGAGUUUGGGAAAUUUCGGAGUCAGAUUUCCAAGCCAGUGAGCCUGUCAGCUGCCCGCAGGUACUACUUCGAGGUGCUGCACAAGCAGAAUGAUGAAGGCACGGAUCAUGUGGAAGUCGCGUGGCGACGGAAUGACCCUGCAGCCAAGUUCACCAUCAUUGACUCUGCUUCCCUGUCCCUCUUCACAAAUGAGACGAUCCUAAGGAUGGAUGAAGUGAGCCACAUCCCACAGACGGCGGCCAGCCACGUGGGCUCCCCAGACGCUCUGCCCAGAGAUGAGCCGCCCCCCGCCGACAUGCUGCAGCCUGACCCCCGGGACUCCCUCUAUCACCUGCCUCUGAUCCCCAAGUCCCAUCUCCGCCAUGUCCUGCCCGAUUGUCCCUACAAACCCAGCUACCUGGUGGAUGGGCUCCCCCUGCAGCGCUACCAGGGGCUCCGCUUUGUUCAUCUGUCUUUUGUGUAUCCCAAUGACUACACACGCCUGAGCCACAUGGAGACCCAUAACAAAUGCUUCUACCAAGAAAGCACCUACUACCAGGACAGGUUCAGCUUUCAGGAGUACAUCAAGAUUGACCAGCCCGAGCAGCAGGGGCCGGAGCAGCCAGGUCUUGAGAAGGGUCUGCUCGAAGAAUCCCAGUAUGGAGAAGUGGCAGAGGAGUCUCCCAUCCCCCAUGACCAGAGCUCCAGGGUGCUAGAGGGAAAACAAGUGCCUACAUUGACCACGAAGCAGGAGGUCACCGACCACCGUCUCCGGAGCCUGCGGAAGCUACUGGCUCAGCCCCGGGACUCCCUGCUGACCCACUUCUCCAAGCAGAACUCCACAGCAUCCUCCCCAGUAAAGAGCAGUGACAUCCCAGCCCAGCAGCCAAAGAGGAGAGAGAGAAAACCCAGCCCUGAGCCCGGCCAAGAUCUACUUCAUUCUGACCAGUGGCCCCCUCGGCACCUGGCAGGGAACCAGCCUCAAAUUAAGAGUCAGGGACCCACUGGUGACAGCCCCAGGAAGACUCUGGAGCAGUCCCAGUGGCUGAAUCAAGUAGAGUCGUACAUUGCAGAGCAGAGAAGGGGUGAUAGGAGGGACCCUCAGAUCCCCACGAGGGACUGGCCUGAGGAAGAUGAGAUGAUGGUAGCUGCAGGCCAGGAAGGACAGGUGGAGGGAGAAGAAGAGGAGGAAGAAGAGGAAGAGGAAGAGGAUAUGGGCGAGGUAUUUGAAUAUGUGUCCAUGUUUGACCCGGUGGUAAACUGGGAGCAGACCUUCAGUGCCCGGAACCUCGACUUCCAAGCCCAGCGGACUGACUGGAUUGACCUGAACUGCAACACGUCUGGCAACCUGCUGCUUCCCGAGCAGGAGGCUCUUGAGGUCACGCAGGUCUUCUUGAAGAAGCUCAACCAGAGGAGCCGGGGGAGGUACCAGCUCCAGCGUAUUGUGAACGUGGAGAAGCGGCAGGACCAGCUGCGUGGGGGCCGCUACCUCCUGGAGCUUGAGCUACUGGAGCAGGGCCGGCGCCUGGUACGGCUCUCGGAGUACGUGUCCACACGAGGCUGGCAGGGCAUCGAUCGAGCGGACAGGGAGGAGACCGAGGCCCGGAACCUGCAGGGCUUGGUAUGGAGCCCACACGACCACCAGAGACAUGUCCUGAGCACCCAGGCCUCGGAGCCAAAGCUGUGCUGGCCCCUGGGCUUCUCCUGGAAUCACCGAGCCGUGGUCCACUUCAUUGUGCCCGUGAAGAACCAGGCGCGCUGGGUGCAGCAAUUCAUCAGGGACAUGGAAAAGCUGUCCCAGGUCACCGGUGAUCCGCACUUCAACAUCGUCAUCACUGACUACAGCAGUGAGGACAUGGAUGUUGAGAUGGCACUGAAGAGGUCCCGGCUGCGCAGCUACCAGUACAGGAAGCUAAGUGGGAACUUCGAGCGCUCGGCUGGGCUUCAGGCUGGCAUAGACCUGGUGAAGGACCCCCACAGCAUCAUCUUCCUCUGUGACCUCCACAUCCACUUCCCAGCUGGAGUCAUCGAUACCAUCCGGAAGCACUGCGUGGAGGGCAAGAUGGCCUUUGCCCCCAUGGUGAUGAGGCUGCAUUGUGGGGCCACCCCCCAGUGGCCCGAGGGCUACUGGGAGGUGAACGGCUUCGGCCUGCUCGGCAUCUACAAGUCAGACCUGGACAGGAUCGGAGGCAUGAACACCAAGGAGUUCCGAGACCGCUGGGGCGGGGAGGACUGGGAGCUGCUGGACAGGAUCCUCCAAGCAGGCCUGGAAGUGGAACGUCUCUCCCUCAGGAAUUUCUUCCACCACUUCCAUUCCAAGCGAGGCAUGUGGAGCCGCCGCCAGAUGAGGAUGCCGUGAUCCGGGGGGCCACCCGCCACAACCACCACGUCCCCCCUGCCCUGCAGUGGCUCCCCUCACCCCCCGGGUUGAGGCUGGAGGAGGGGAGGCAAGGGAACCAGACGUGAUGGCUGGGCCCCGAGAGGCCUCGGAGCCGAUACCCCCCUCCACUGGGAGCUGCCUCUCAGGGGUGCGGGCGCCAAGACUCCCUCUCCACCCGCUGGGCCUCCGGACGGAAGGACUUUGGGAGAGGGGCCAAGGAGACGGAGCAACUCCUGAGAAGGAUGGGGAGUUCAGUCAAGGAGGGGAAGACCGCCCAACAAUACCACCCCGCUCCACGAAGGCACCACCAGCACCCCAGGGAGGAUCAGCCACAUACGGGAAACUCUUCUAUUGGGCAGUUUUAUUGGGGUUUUUCUUUUUAUUUUUUGACAGAAAACCCAAACUGUAACUGCCUAGUUGCUGGCAGACCCAGACUGCCUGUUGGGGGGAUGCAGCUGUGCAAGUAGGAGCUCCCCGCUCCAUUGCGUACCUCAGGCCCACCCCUGUAUAGAGUGUGGCCCUCAGGCCUGGCCCCGGCAGCUGAUUUAAACCAGAGAGGCUGGCUCUCCCCAGGCUUGUGCCUUCCAGAGACACAUGCAUCUCUCCCGGGUAGCCAUGACCUGCUGGCCACCAAUGAAACCUUACCAUCCAGGAGGAGCUAAGUUCAGACUGACUCGAAGCAAGAACUGACAUCAUCUUCCUGGUGCAGCUGGGGUUGUUGGGAGAUGGGAACUGGUGGGCAGUGGGCUCUUCAUGCCCCAAGGGAGGUGAAGAAGGGAAGGGGGAAGGAAAGCGCCUCUCCCUUCCCACUCUCUGGGAGUGAGCAUAAGAAGAAAGCAGAUGUGGAAAAGGAUCCAUCAACUUCCCUUAGAUGAGAGCAGGGAUGGGGGCAGGCGGGGAAGGGUGGAAGGGAAGCGGAAAGCCAGUUGGGUCUUCACAGUCCAACAUUUCUAUGGACUUGUCCAAGCCAGGACAGCCCGGCCACCCAGCAGGGCUGGUGUUAGAAGCAGCGCUGGGUCUGGGCCUUGAGCUGAAGAAAAGGAAGGGGUUUCGGUGAAACCUGAACUGUGAAAUGGGGAGCAGGGCAGGAAUGGGGACAGGGUGAGAGGUUUGGGAAGAUGGUGACUUCUUCCUGAGAUAUCUUCCCUAGGUGGAAAGGAGCAGGGGGCAAGAAGAAACGGAAAGUGAAGCAGUUUCAGGGAAUAUAGUAGUUCUUGGCCUUUUCAGCCUACUGCCACCCUCCCCCAUCUGAUUAUCUCCUACUUAGCUUGCACUAAUGGUCCCGGAUCCCUUGUGGCUGGGGACUUUUCUACUGCUGCUGCUGCCCCCGCUGCUGCUGAGUUCAUCAAUGGUGCAUUGGAUGCUGGAUCUUGAACUCCAGUGUCUGUUUAGGGGGGUGAGCACAGGCCUCCCUGCUGUGGGGAAUGGCUUCUGGGGGUGCAGCAGGGCCCAGAAGUCCACUCAGCUGAGCCCAAGCUCCAUGCUGUGACAGAGCCCAAAUCACAGUGUUUGGAGCUGCUGAUCUACCUAAUGGGCUCUUUACUCAAUAAGAGCCUGAGCUUGGUAGGAGGGAGAAUGAGCCAGUUGAGAACCUUCUAGAGGUUGGGGAGAAUCCCUGCCUCCCUCUACAGAAUCAGGAAGGACUAAGACUUUUCAAUUAAUAAGUUGUAACUGAUGGAGGCCUUACUAGCCCCCUGAGUUAUAGCAUUUUGUGGUCUCUGCUCAGGCCUGCUGCCUUCUGGAAAGUAGGCUAAGGCUUCCCUUGGCCAGGUGGGGUGCCAGGUUUCUUUCUGGGCCACUCUCAUCCUUGGGCCUCACAUGGGAAGGCUUGAAACAGCCCAAACAGCCCUUCUGCUUCACUUCUCCUCCUGAUGACCAGGAACCAGCCCACCCUUCCCACUGCCCUGCCCACCACCCCCUCCAUACCUGGUCAGUGCCUUGUGCUUGCUGUUUGUUACCUCUACACCAUCUGCCUUAGGGGGAGGGCCGACAUGACCCCUACUCCAUAGGGGAAUGUCUUGGGUGGGGGGAGGGAAUGGGAUGGUGGGAGGGAAAGCAUUAAA